AACAUUUUUCUUCUUGUUUAAAUUAUUUUAAAAUAUGCCAAGUGAAGAAAGGGAAUCACUUCUACCAAGUGGUAGUCGUGACUCUUCCUCUUUUAAUAUAUCAGCUCAAGACUUAUCUAAUCUAUUUGACCCUAAAAAUGAAGACCUUUUACAUAAACUUGGAGGUGUCAAAGAAAUUUGUAAAAAAAUUCAAGUAGAUGUCUCUGUGGGUCUUUCUGCAGAUGAAGGUUCAUCUCAAUCAAAUGAACCACCAUUUAGAGAACGUCAAGCCCAUUUUGGUAGAAAUGUCCUACCAGAGCCUAAAACAAAAAGUUUUUGGCAACUUUUAUGGGCUGCUUAUAAUGAUAAGACGUUGAUUAUGUUAAGUAUUGCUUCAGUUAUUUCAUUAGCUGUAGGUAUCUGGGAAGAUUAUUCUCCUCGUCAUCCUGAAGAUGAACCUCGAGUUGGAUGGGUUGAAGGAACAGCUAUUCUAGUUGCUGUAUUGGCUGUUGUAUUAACAAACGCCAUCAAUGAUUAUCAAAAGGAAGCUCAAUUUAAAAAACUGAAUGCAAAAAAAGAAGAUCGUACAGUUAAGGUUUUUCGUAAUGGUCGUGAACAACAAAUUAGUGUCUAUGAUAUAAAUGUCGGUGAUAUUUUGAUGUUAGAACCUGGUGAUAUCAUUCCUGUAGACGGCCUCUUUUUAGAAGGUCAUAAUUUAGCUUGUGAUGAGUCUUCUGCAACAGGUGAAUCAGAUACAAUGAAAAAGAAGCCUGAAGGUGAAGGCGAUUGUUUUAUUUUGUCAGGCUCAAAAGUAUUGGAAGGCAUGGGUCGUGCAGUCAUUGUGGCUGUAGGUGAAAAUUCCUUUUUUGGAAAGACCAUGAUGUCCAUGCGUGGUGAAAAUGCAGAGGGUACUCCCUUACAAGCUAAACUUGAUAUAUUAGCUGAGCAAAUUGCAAAGAUGGGUUUUACUGCUGCUAUUAUCAUGUUAAUUGCCCUUAUUAUUAAAUACUUUGUGGCUGCUGCAUUAGCUCCCGAAUUCCCUCCUGCUGGUGAUAUUGCUGCUGCUAUGAUCAGUAUAGUCAUUCAAGCAAUUACUAUUAUUGUUGUAGCUGUACCUGAAGGUUUACCAAUGGCUGUGACGAUGGCUUUAGCCUUUGCUACUACUCAAAUGUUGAAAGAUAACAACUUGGUUCGUGUCUUGGCUGCUUGUGAAACAAUGGGUAACGCAACUGCCAUUUGUUCUGAUAAAACAGGUACUUUAACACAGAACAAGAUGACUGUUACAGAAGGUACUUUAGCUCAAGAGACUUUUGAUACACCUGAACAGGCUAAGGAAUGGGCUAAAAAGGCCAAGAAGAUCUUGUCAUUAUUUUUUGAAACGGUCGCUUUGAAUUCAACUGCAUUUGAAGAAAAAGAUGAAAACGGUAACAUGAAUUUUGUAGGCUCCAAGACAGAAUGUGCUUUAUUGAGUUUGUCAAAGAACUUGGGUAGUGAUUAUGAUCAAUUACGACAUAAUGCCAAAGUGGCUAAGGUGUAUCCUUUUGCCUCAAAGCGUAAAACAAUGACAACCAUCAUCAAGGUUAAAGAUCUAAAUGCUGCCCCAUCUACAACACAAUCUGAUUAUCGUGUUCAUGUUAAGGGUGCCUCUGAAAUUGUUUUAGAUACUUGUACAGCUUAUAUAGAUGCUCAAGGCGAAAAGCAUGAAUUGGAUGAAGAAGCGCGUAAGAAGUUUAAUGGUUUGAUUGGUGCUUAUGCAGAUAAGGCUUUACGUACGAUUGCCUUGGCCUAUCGUGAUAUCUCUGAAGAUGAUUAUAAACAGAUCUCGGAUGAUGAGCCUCCCCUUAAGGAGUUUAUCUUGAUUGGUAUUGUAGGUAUUAUGGAUCCCUUACGUCCUGGUGUUGUUGAAUCGGUUACAGCAUUUAGACAAGCAGGUGUCUUUGUACGUAUGAUCACAGGUGAUAACUUAAACACGGCAAAGGCUAUUGCUCGUAAUGCAGGUAUUUUGACAAAGGGUGGUGUUGCUAUGACAGGUCCUGAAUUACGUGCCAUGUCUACUGAAGAGCAACGUAAAGUAAUUCCUCGUUUACAAGUCUUGGCUCGUUCUUCUCCUACUGAUAAGACGAUUGUUGUGACUCGCCUACAAGAACAAGAUCAAGUAGUUGGUAUGACUGGCGAUGGUACAAAUGAUGGGCCAGCAUUAAAAUUGGCUGAUGUUGGUUUCUCUAUGGGCAUUACAGGUACAGAAGUCGCUAAGGAAGCCUCUGACAUUAUUCUGAUGGAUGAUAACUUUAAUUCAAUCCUUAAAGCCCUUCUCUGGGGUCGUGCUGUAAAUGACGGUGUACGUAAGUUUAUUACUUUCCAAUUGACUGUUAAUAUUGCAGCUGUUAUUUUGUCAUUUAUUUCAGCCGUUGGAUCUGAGAAUGCAGAGUCGAUUUUAAGUGCUGUUCAGUUACUUUGGGUUAAUUUGAUUAUGGAUACCUUGGCUGCUUUAGCAUUAGCUACUGAACCACCUACGAAUGAUCUCUUGCACCGUAAACCAAUUAGCAAAUAUGCCCAUUUAAUCAAUUAUCGUAUGGCCAAGAUGAUCCUAGGUCAAGCCUUCUUCCAGAUUAUCAUCAAUCUGAUUGCUAUCUAUUUGGGACCACGUAUCUUCCACAUUGAAAAUGAUCCUGCUGUUCUACGUACCAUGGUCUUCAAUAUCUUUGUCUUUUUACAAGUCUUUAAUGAAAUUAACUGUCGUCGUAUUGAUAACACCAUCAAUGUCUUUAAGGAUAUCUUUGAUAAUUGGAUCUUUAUUGCUGUUCAAAUAGCCGUGAUCCUAGGCCAAUUUUUGAUUGUCACCUUUGGUGGUAUUGCAUUCAAGACUGUUCCUUUAACCUGGGAUCAAUGGCUUAUAACUAUCCUUAUCGGUUCUCUUUCAUUACCCAUCGGUACAAUCAUUCGUUUGUUACCCGAUUGUUGUGGAUGUGAAAAAAGAUUUAAUGAAGAGGCUAAGCCCUUGGCCAGUUAUUCACGUAUGCACUGGGAAAGUGCCAUUGGUGAUGUCAGAGAUGAGUUGCGCAUUUAUUCACUUUUAAGAAGAAACCGUGCAAGUAAGCCACGUGAGAUUCAAUCACAACAACAACAACAACAACAACAAUCCAAGACUCUUUCAAGAUCUUCAUCUAUGGCCUAUAGUGCACCUUAUCACUAUGGUGCAACUGACAAUAAAAAGAAUAGAUUUGCUGAUCUAGUAAAGAACGCACAAAAAUAUAAUCAAGAAAAUAGUGGACAACAUUCUUAAUUUUAUAUAAAACAUUAAUAAUAAAAAAAAAGGAGGGGAAUCUACUAU